UACGAUUUUAAAAUCCUGAAAAUAUGCUUGUAUGUAAAGAAUCAUCACAUUUCAAUAUUCGACUUGAAUAUGUUGAUCAUGAAUAUCAAAGUUAUCGUACUAUAACGGAUUUUAUUAAAAGAUUCAUUAAUCAAGCAAUUUUGAAUACAUUCUCAAUAAUCGAUAAUUUGGGUGAUCUCACUUUUGACAAUGAUAUAAGUUUUCGAAAAUUAGGCUAUUUUGGUAAUGAAUGGGCUACAUGUGGUAGUUUCAACUCACGAAAUGGAUUAGAAUCCGUAACAAGUGAAAUGAAAUCGUGGAAUGCAUUAUCAGCUUUAAAGGAUUGGAUGUUUCAUAUAAAUUUUAUUGGUCUUCAGUAUAAACAGAAAGUUGAAAUUUUCACAUAUCAAGUUAUUUGGAGUGUACCUACUCCUGAAUUUCCCGAACCAAUGGUCACAGUCAAUGUAUAUUUUUAUGUAGCAAUAAGUUACAUUUAUCCACCUCAUUAUCCUGCCGAUAUUACAUAUGUUUUUGAAGGACAUCAAUUUAAGCAUUCAUUAAAUAUGAUUUUUAGACCUAAAUGGCUUUAUGAUAUUUUAGAUAUGAAAACAAUAGUAUUCAAGACCAUUGAUUUUUAAUAGCUUUUAAUUUAACUAUGAGUAAAAUACGUUGUGCAAUUAUAGUUUAAUUAUGUUUAAAGCGUUUAGCAAGAGUAAAUAAUAACGAAUUUAAGAGGCAUAUGCAAAGUGUCGUAAAAGUAAGCGUAUCAUAUUCGUCUAAAAGGAGCACAUGCCUUCUGGUUGAAUGGCAGACGCAUAUAAGUUUACUCCAAUUGGUUAAGCAGUAAGAGCAGGUGACAACCAACAAAGGAAAAUACAACUAUGGCAACUAUUGUUUUCAGCGUGACUUAAAACGCUUACAAUUACCGGCUGGCAUGAAUUAUAUUAAAAUAUAAUAUUUUUAAAAUAUGAACUCAUUUCUCAUUCAUUAAUCAUAUUUAUUUACAAUUCUUAUUUAGUUUUUUUUUUUAUAGAUUAUUUUUUUUAUAUAAUAUAUUUAGUAAAAAAAGUAAUUUCGAAGUCUCCCGCGGAGUACAUGCCGCGCACUUGUCGCUUCGAAAGAAUCUAUUUAAAUUUCCAUCGAGCACACCGAGGAGGUGUAAUCCGUGCGUUGGUCUUUCGGACGAUUUCUCUGUGUUUUUUUACACACUAUUCGGUUUUGGUGAUACUACGACAAAUAGAAGACAAUUUCAAAACCUGAGAGAGAUUUUACCGAGUACUCAUGCACAUGGUGGUCGGAUGACACUGGGAGGUCUGAGUUUCUCGGCAGGAGCCUGGAAUAUCGACAACCACGUGUCGGGCAUAUCUGUCUCGAUUCACGUGUCAUGUAAUUUUUUAAUUUUACUAAUUGGAUAAUAAUAUAUAUAUCUUAUAAAAAUAUAUUUAUAUUUUACAGCGUACUUUUAUAUUAUAUUUCAUCAACGUGUAACAAUUGCUUAUAUAUAAUAUAUACUUAUAUUAAAUAUUAAUUAAUACUUAUACUUAAUAAGAAAAAUAUGAAUUAUUUGUAAUUAACUUUAGCACGUUAAAAGUUAUAUUUCCCUUUCUGUUAUUGUAAUCAUUACAGUAUCUUUUGACUUAGCAGGUUGCAGGUCAAAAAAGAUUGGCUACUGAAACACAAGUGGAAGCGAGCCAACAAGUGCAGUUUUAGUAAUCGUCUUACCAAUACAUUUACAGUUUCAUUAUCUAUGUAUGUUGUUAAUAUUACAAAAAAUUAAAGUCUAAUUUAAUAAAAGAAAUAAUAAAUAUUUCUAGUCAAACAUUUAAUUUUAAAAAAAAGUGAACAUAAAAAUACAUAUUAUAUUUUGACAAACAAUCAAUAUAUAGGUCAAAAAUCAAUACAACAGGGACCAACCACUGUUGCCUAUUUAUACGGAAAGACUUUUUUGUCCGGGCUAUGUCCUAAACAUCACAUCCGCCGAGGUGCUUCCUCCGCGGACCAUGUUUUACCGCGAUCGUGGCUAACUGAUGAAGGAAACGUAACAGGAAAGACAGAGAAAGAACACGAAAGGAACCACCGCCUCACUUUCAGCAGCUUCAAACAUCCGCUGCACCAGCCGCCGCCAGAUCUCGUUUACCUCUCCUCCAUUUCCCCUUUAACUCCUUCUCAAAGAGACACACAUUCCUUGCUUUUCCUUCUCCGUUUCUCUUUUCUCUCCUUUUGAAAUCAAGAAAUGCCUUUAAAUUGAAGAUAUCGAUUAAAAAAAUAUCUUUGAGAAAUUAAAUGCGAUAGGUAAAAAAUACGUAAUAAUAAUUUUAUAAAAAAAUCUAAUUUAAAAAUUUGUUUUUCAACAAUCGUUCUAAGAAUAUCUAAUUUCAUAUAAAUUGAAAAAAAUGAAAGUAAUUUCAAAUUCAUUCAUAUCGAGCAAUAUGUCUAAUAUAUUGGGUGAGUUCAGACACAGCACAUCUGGAGUGAACGGAGUGGACAAAUCGACCUCCUUCGAAGAGAGGAGAAACAAGAAGGGGGAUGUCCGUCGCGCGUGAACGGUGAGACACGUACCCACGUGCAAGGCUACGUCUUGAAUCACCAGCUGCCGAUUCGCCGACGACUCCAGGAACCCUGAAGACGUACUAAAAUUAGCGACCAGCACCCCCGCCUAGCCCUUACAUGGCCACGUCACGGGCACACGCGCCGCACUUUCAGAGGAAAAAAAAAAAAAAAAAAAAAAA